AUGACGGCGAUGCUGAAGGAGGAGCCGGGACGUACGGGCGAAGCGCCGCAAGAACGAUGGGUUAAUGCUUAUGACCAACCUCUCACUUUUCAGUGUCAGCAACGCCAGAGCAUCAGUAUGGUCAUCAGCAUCCAUGACAAUGGUCGUGAAGACCGUAUGUGGGAUUUCAGCUGUAAGAACACUUUCAACAGUGCGACUUGUACCUGGUCGGGAUACGUCAAUAACUUUGACCAAGAGUUCAGUUACACCUGCCCAUUUGGCUCUGUCAUAACCGGCGUGGACAGCUACCACGAUAACAAGGCGGAAGACAGGAGGUGGAGGUUCCUUUGCUGCCAAGGAGAGGUAAAAGCUACCCGUAACUGCAAGUGGAGUGGUUACGUCAAUAACUUUGAUGGCUACUUGAGAUGGGAUGCGCCUGCUAAUGCAUACCUGACCGGUGCACACAGCUACCAUGAUAACAGCAAAGAGGACAGACGGUGGAACUUUUACUACUGUGAGAAGAUGUAA